UGUCAUUCAACUCAAUCAUUUGUACAGACUUUGACAAAUUACUAUUUUUGAAGAUUAACAUAAGAGGCAAAUGAGUGAGUCUUCCAGAAGUAUUUAAGACAUGAUUUUGUUUACGUUUGGCUCAAAAGUUUUAUCGCUAUUAUCGUCGACUUCUAAGAAGUCAAGUAUUUCUACACCACUUGUGAUUGCAUUGGUGUUCGUAUUAAUGGCACUCAAAGGCUAUGCCAUCAGAUAUUACAGUACAAGUGAUAACGAUAUCGCCACUGAUAUUUUAAACGAUUACACGGAUAAUUUUGUUCGCAACUAUAACUAUUAUAAUAAUAAUCCAAAACCCUACCGGCCCCACGGCAUUGGUAUUGCCAUGAAGCCAGCGAUCGAGAUUUUCAAAGAGAUGUUUGAAAAGAGGGAUGUCUUGCGAUCACAGACCAGAAGACUGCUGUUCCAGUGCUUUAUGUCGAUGUAA